AUGUUUAGCCAGCGAAUUGUCCAGUCCGGCCGACGACUCGCGCAGGCCGCGACUCGAUCCACAGUCAGAAACGGCGGCGCGAGACGAGGCUAUGCCGGCGAGGCCAGCUCCACGUCCGCUUCCUCGAAAACCAUUCCUCCUCCUCCUUCUCCCCAUCGAAGCAACUCAGGCGGCAGAAUCGCCCUCUACGGACUCAUAUUCACGACUCUUGGUGCAGCGGCCACCUGGCAGACCAUGACGCAGGCCGGCAUGGGCUUCUACUCGGACGAGGACAGCAACGCGCGGGCGGCGGCGCACGCCUCGGCCCACGGCGACGAGGCUACGCAGCGCGUCGAAGCGACCAUCAACGCGCACCCGCUGGUGGCCGAGCUGCGCGCGCGGCCCGAGAUGACCGAGUCACGGCCGCACAUGAAGAUGCCGUCGUCGUACCGGCAGCACACGCUGACGGGCGGCGCGCUGCUCGGCGCCGGCAAGAUGGUGGUGCCGCCGUUCACGUGGACCGAGGACGGCGGCAAGUCGCUCGUCGGCGUGUCGUACGUCGGCGCCGAGCUGUGCGGCCACCCGGGCAUCGUCCACGGCGGCUUCAUCGCCACCAUGCUGGAUGAGGGCCUGGCGCGCUGCUGCUUCGGCGCGCUGCCGCACAACAUUGGCGUCACGGCCAACCUCAACAUCGACUACCGCAAGCCCAUGCCCGCCGACAGCUUCCUGGUGCUACGCGCCACGACGACAAAGGUCGACGGCCGCAAGGCCUGGGUCAAGGGCCACAUUGAGCUGCUGCAGGACGAGGGCGCCAAGCCCAUCAUCUUUGCCGAGGCCACAGCCAUGUUUGUGUCGCCCAAGCACGCUGCUAUGAUGCCGAAGAUCCAGUAA